AUGAGAACAAUCAAACUGGUCGUCAUUGGCAACUCGGGCGUCGGGAAGACUUCCCUCCGCGGGCAGUAUGUAUCUGGACGCUUCUCAGCAGGCUAUCGCGCAUCUAUCGGCGCAGACUUUAUCUCUAAAACACUGCCGCACCACUCGAACCCGGAGGAAAGCGUUACACUGCAGAUCUGGGAUACGGCCGGACAGGAGCGCUUCAGCUCCCUUUCUUCGGCUUUCUUUCGAGGAGCAGAUGCGGCGCUGCUCAUGUACGACGUCACGACUCCUGAAUCUCUAAAGUCGCUCGAGCGCUGGUGGUCCGAGUUCCGCGACCGCGCGCCCGUCCCAGACGAGGAGCUGGAGAACUUCUGCGUCGUAGUGGUAGGGAACAAGACGGAUCUCGUACCGGAGGGGGAGCCAUCGCCCGUGAGCGAAACAGACGCCCAAAGUCUGAUGAACAUACUCGUACCGCCACCAUCACCGCUGAGCAGCCCGCUCAUGCCUGAGAGCGACGCCGAAGCCGAGCCGGUGCGCCCGCUGACGUUGUACGAGGACGCAUAUGAUCAUUACGCGGAUCAAUCACCAGAAGCGGACGGUGGCGCUCAAGGGGACGACGCGAUUGCUAUACACGUCCCGCCGGCGAGCGAGCCUAUCUCUUUGGGAACUAAGCGCCCGAAGAGCCUCGCUAGCCGCCGGUCAAACUCGCUUGCGCAUGGGACGAUGAGCAGCGUGCGAACGGGGCUGUCGAUGUACCAUACGCCCUCAUCUUCCGUGAUGGAUUCAGACGCGGAUUACUUUCAGAGCGCACGGGCCACGCCGCUUGAUAUGCGCUCGCCCACUUCGUCAUUGUCCCGCCCUGGAUCGAGGAGUACGAGUCGAAACAGUCUGUUGCGGCACCGCUCCAUCAGCAUGUCCAGCACCGAUACAGCUAGUACGAGUACUUCGGCCGCAAAGACGAUCACACCCUCGCUUUUCACGCGCAAAGCCCAACGCUCCUCAACACCCGACACAGACGAGGCGCCAACACCACACGCGGUCUCACGCCAUGUAUCUUCCUCCUCCCAUCCGGGAUCCAUUCCGCUUUCACCUACCGCCGCCUCCCGAAGACCUCAGCUAAGUCCACCGGAUACUGGACCCCGCCACUUCCGCGCCUCAGCGAAGAGUGGUGAAGGCGUAGCGGCGGCAUUCGAAUAUGUCGCAGAACGCGUCGUCAAACGGUGGGAAUGGGCGGAGGCGGAGGAUGCACGGACGUUCAGGCUCAGCGAAUCGCGCGACGAUACGUUGAGGCUCGAAGAUGAGCGUGGACGGUCUCGCGGGAGGAAGCUCGCUGCUGCGUGUUGUGGGACGUAG